AUGCCAAAAAUAGCUCUCCUAGACACCUACAUUGAUCGCUCUACCCUGUUGCUUGAUGUGGCAGCAUCAGAUACCCUUGUGUCUAUGACAUACCAUAACAAAUCACUGAAGAAGACAAUAUCAUCCAGCAGUGAUGCCUCUUCUUACACAUGCGUCAGAUUCAAGACUUACAAUCCAAGAUCUGGAACAUGCUAUUCUUUCAAGACAUCCAAAGCAAAGGACCUCUCGAGAAUAUUGUCGGCGUUGGGACCUCGUGGAGUCCAAUUCACCAAAACUAAGAAAGUUUCCAAAGAACCUAUCAAGCUCGAUGAUCACGCGAAAACUAAGAUAUUAGAGGAAAAAUACAUUGUUAAUGGUAAGGGUUUUGCCAGCUUGAUGAGUAAUACCGAGUUCAAGGGAGAAGAAGAGGAAGUAAAGGUUGUGCCGGAAAAACCAGAAGCGCAAAACGAUAAUUCACAACAAGAGGCGAAAACUGCCGGUAAUGCCAACGCUGAAUCAUCUUCCAAAAAGAAGAAGAGCAAGAAGAAGAAGGGAAAGAAAUGA